CGCCUGCAGCUUCGGGUCCCCAGCGGCCUUUCCCUUAACACACACGUUACAUUGCAUAUCUAGGAAGGCACUGUCGUGUUAACCCACAUCGUUCCCACGUCCAUAUCUUCUGCCAGGUACCUUUGGCUUUUUUUAACUCCUUUUCUCUCUAGCUUUUCUCAGGCCCAAGCAACGGUAAAACAAUGACACCAACGUGGCUCAAUCAAGCUUCUACCAAAAGGGGCGAAACUCUGAACAAAAUACCCGCAUCGUGGCACCUCCCAGAAGGAUCCACAUCGCACAUCACAGAAGACUCGACCGACAGCGUUCUCUAUAUCCCAGCUGCGUCCGGUAUCCUGACUGAACGUGAGCUUCAAAUCACCGAGCGCCAUGAUGCUACGAAUCUAGUCACUAUGAUGCGUAGCAGGGUAUAUACAUGCGAAGAGGUCGUCACGGCGUUCUGCAAGCGGGCUGCUAUUGCGCACCAGGUGGUCAAUUGCUUGACGGAAAUCAUGUUUGAAGAGGCCAUCGAAAAGGCGAAGGUCUGUGACGAAAUGGUUGAGUCGGGCGCGGAGUUGGGCCCCUUGCAUGGGCUACCGAUCAGCUUGAAGGACUCCUUCAACGUCAAAGGCGUCCAAACCACCAUCGGCUACAUCUCCUUCCUCUCCCACCCCCCCGCAGCCUCGAACUCCCACCUCGUCGACAUCCUAAUCGCAAACGGCGCAAUCCCCUUCUGCAAAACGAACCUCCCGCAAACCAUGAUGUCAGCCGACACGCACAACAACGUCUUCGGCCGCACCCUGAACCCAAACAACCCCUCCCUCACGGCCGGCGGCUCCAGCGGCGGCGAAGGCGCCCUCCUGAAGAUGCGAGGCAGCGUCCUAGGAGUAGCGACCGAUAUUGCGGGCAGCAAUCGCAUCCCCGCGCUGUGCAACGGAGUCAAAAGCUUCAAGCCCACGGCAUCCAGGAUCCCGUUUGGAAACAAGGUACCACCAGGUCGCCUCGGCAGUCCCAGCAGCAUUCUUCCCGUCAUCGGACCCAUGGGACACUCGGUGCGCGAUUUGGAGCUCUUCAUGCGUUCCGUGAUUGACACCAGGCCGUGGAUUUGGGACGAAAACGUGCUCGACGUCCCGUGGAGGAGAGUGCAUGCGCUAGGCUCACACGCCAAGUUGCGAUUUGGAGUCAUGGGGUCGGAUCCACAGAGGCCUUUGCAUCCACCAGUCGCGAGGACUAUGUAUACAGCCCUCGAGGUGCUCAAAGCCGCUGACCACGAAAUCAUCGAGAUAACGGGGUACCCGAGUCUGUGGUCGACGGCCGUGCUGGCGUGGAAGUACUUCCUCCUGGAUCCCGAGAGGACGCCAGCGAAGCAUGUCCACGCCGGAGCGGAGCCAUGGGUGCCAUCGAUUGCGGUGACGAAGUUCCCAGAGUUGGAAGGUUGGGAGCCGUCGAUUGAGGGGUUGUUUCAAAUGAACGUGGCGCGGGCGAAAGUGCUGAAAUUUUAUCAUGAUGUCUUCGUGAAGGAAGCGCUGGACGCGAUUGUUAUGCCGGGUUACCAAGCUACUGCGGUGCCGCAUGAUACCUAUGGCGUCCCUAUCUACACAGUGUUGCAGAACUUGCUCAAUGUAGGUCAUCAGGUGCCCCGCUCUAAGAGUUGCCUAGUAGGAGAGAAGAGGUUAACCGAAAGGCAGUACCCAUCUGGCAUAUUGCCAUUUCUGAGAGCGGAACAGAGGCUGGAUGAGGCGUACGUCCAGACAACGCUUACCUAUGAGCCGCCAUAUGAUGCUCAAAGGAUUGAAGGGGCUCCCUGCGCGAUCCAGGUCAUGGGAAGGCCUAUGAGGGAUGAGGAGUUGAUUGAGGUGAUGAAGGUGGUUGAGCGUUUGUUAGAGGAGUAUGAAAAGGAGCACGAUUGAAACGGCGCUUAGCUUGGACUGAAAGGCUGGUAUUGUCGGCCGUGGUUUCA